UUUUCAAAAAAUAUUUUGCUUUAUUUAUUUUAUUUUAUUUUUAAGACGUAGAGAAGACAGCAUACACACACAGUAAGUGUCUGGCAGUGUUGACAUUUACAAUAAGGUGAAGAAUAUAUUAUAGCACAGAUGGCAUGUUCUCACACAGAUAAACCCUUCUAGUAAACCUCAUCGUUCUAGAACUUUUUCUGUAACUGUAAGCACUCCAGCAUCUCCAUCUCCCGGUAAGAAUCCAUGGUUGAUCAGCAGAAACCCGAGAUCUUUGAUCUCAGCAAUGGGAGCAUGCAGGUCAAGAUCUCCAACUAUGGGGCCACUAUCACCUCCUUGUCUGUGCCUGCCAAAGAUGGAAAACUGGAUGAUGUUGUUCUCGGAUUUGAUUCUCUUGAACCUUAUCUGAAAGGUGCUGCACCUUAUUUUGGCUGCAUUGUUGGCCGGGUCGCGAACAGAAUCAAGGAUGGGAAGUUUUCACUGAAUGGAGUUGAGUUCUCUUUGCCCAUCAACAAGCCCCCAAAUAGUCUCCAUGGUGGCCACAAGGGUUUUGAUAAGAAGGUAUGGGAGGUUGCUGACUACAAGAAAGGCGAAACCCCUUCAAUUACUUUCAAAUAUCACAGCCAUGAUGGAGAGGAAGGCUACCCAGGAGAUCUUACUGUAACUGUUACCUACUCCCUUUCUUCGAGCACAACAAUGAGACUUGACAUGGAAGCUGUGCCUGAAAACAAGCCUACUCCUAUUAGCUUAGCACAGCACACAUACUGGAACUUGGCCGGCCAUAACUCAGGGAACAUACUUGAUCAUUCGAUUCAGAUAUGGGGAUCUCAAAUUACUCCUGUGGAUCUGAACACAGUCCCUACGGGCGAAAUCAUGCCAGUUAAAAGCACGCCUUUUGAUUUCACUACCGAGAAGAAGAUUGGCAGUUCUAUCCAUGAGGUGCCCGGUUUAGGGUACGACCACAAUUACGUGCUGGACUGCGGAGAAGAGAAACUGGGUUUGAAACAUGCUGCGAGGUUGAAGGAUCCAUCCAGUUCAAGGGUCCUCAACUUGUGGACGGAUGCCCCUGGAAUGCAGUUUUACACAGCUAACUAUGUGAAUGGUAUUGUUGGGAAAGGAAGUGCUGUCUACGGAAAGCACUCGGGACUGUGUUUGGAGACACAGGGAUUCCCAAAUGCCAUUAAUCAACCAAACUUUCCUUCUGUGGUUGUUCAACCAGGUGAGAAGUAUAAGCACACCAUGCUGUUUGAGUUUUCAGUGGAAUAAAUUCAGUAGCAGCUAAUGUAAUUUAUUAGUGGGAGAUGUCAACAGGGUGAGUGGGGCGUGGUUGACAAUAAUCAUAUGGAAACUCAAAAGUAAUAACAAGUGAAUGAGUUGCUUUGGUAACGCAUUUCUUUAAAAA